GUAUAAUUUUUUUCCAACACAAAUGUCAUAAUGCCACAAAAUAAGUGUUAAAUAUUGGUCUGUUUUUUCAUACAAUGGAAAAUCCUUUAACUAAAAGUGAAGAGAAGAAGUUUGGAUAUCCAAAAGUACGAGAUUCUGACGUUAAAAAUGAAAAACCCAAAGUCGAAGUUAGGCGUUUACAAUACGACCCUAAUUCUAAAGGCGCAGAUUGGAAAAAGCAGUGUUCGCCAAGUUGUUGUCCGUCCAUGUCGGAUUCACAACGUUUGAUAAUGGCCCCACCACCGUACUCUGAUCUCGGCAAGAAGGCCAAAGAUGUCUUCGGCAAGGGGUACCACUUCGGGCUUAUCAAGUUGGAUUGCAAAACGAAGACUGGCUCAGGGGUGGAAUUCAACACCGGAGGAGUCUCUAACCAAGAGUCGGGGAAGGUUUUCGGCUCGUUGGAGACCAAAUAUAAAGUUAAAGAAUACGGUUUGACUUUCUCCGAGAAAUGGAAUACAGAUAAUACUUUGGCCACUGAAGUUGCGAUCCAAGAUCAGCUCCUCAAAGGCUUGAAAUUGUCCUCAGAUCUGACUUUUUCGCCACAGACUGGGAGCAAAUCAGCUCGCGUUAAAACCGCGUUUACCAACGAGAGGGUCGCUCUAAACUGCGACGUUGACUUGGACUCGAGCGGACCUUUGAUCCAGGCGGCUGCUGUCGUGGGACACCAGGGUUGGCUCGCCGGUUACCAAACGGCUUUCGACACCCAGAAAUCCAAACUUACCAAAAACAACUUCGCCCUAGGUUUCUCCACUGGAGAUUUCAUUCUCCACACCAAUGUUGAUCACAGCGAUGACGGCCAGGAAUUCGGCGGUUCCAUUUACCAAAAGUUGUCCCCAAAAAUGGAGACUGGUAUCCAGUUGGCGUGGUCUGCGGGCAGCAACAAUACCAAGUUUGGAAUAGGGGCUAAAUACGAUUUGGAUCAAGACGCCGCGAUCCGAGCCAAGGUCAACAAUUCCAGUCAGAUCGGUUUGGGGUAUCAGCAGCGUUUGCGUGAAGGUGUGACUCUAACUUUGUCGGCACUCAUUGACGGCAAGAAUUUCAAUAACGGCGGUCACAAAAUUGGUCUGGCCGUCGAGUUAGAGGCUUAAUCAGAGAUUCGUCAGUUCCAAAUUGUAUUAGAACCAAGACACGUUUCAGCCUGCUGUAUUGUAGAUAUUUUAAAUGUUCUAUGGGACUUUUUAGUAUUAAAACAUAUACAUGAAUA